AUGGCCAAAGACUCGAACGCCGCACAGCGCCGGUCCAACAAAGCUCGACAACAAGCGAAAGGCAAGAAAGUGCAAGCUAAUGCACCUAAAAAGGAGCCUAAGACAUCAGAACUCGAGACAAGUACUGCACCACCUAACCUUGAUAAGCAAGAUGCACCUACACAGCUCGUGCUAGAACAGACAUUACAUGAACAGGAGGAUCAAAUCGCAGCUCUUCGCCAAAAGAAUGAAGCUUUACAAAACGAGCUUAAAGAAACGCAGCACACUCUUCAAGAAAGUCAUCGCGCUUUUGCUGACCAAAUGGUGGGCCUUUCUGCUAGUUUCGAUCAAGACAAGGAAGAAGCUUGCAAGCAGGUACGAACGGAACUGGAUCAAGUGCGUGCAGAACUAAACGUAUCACGAUAUAAAGAACGAGCCCUCACCGAGCAACUGCACGAGCUAGAGAACAAAAUACAGAUUGACGCUUCCGCAGCAUUGUCUCCAUUUACGGCUCUUAAAGACAUCCAAGCACAGCUACAUGAUGUUGUGGCCCAUGCUUCCAACCCUCCAAACGAAUCUUUUGCCAGUAUCGCUGAAUCCUUUGGCUAUACCCAGGACUCCGAAUACACCUUCGUUGAAAAGCUUCAUGCCGCGCAUCAUGCAAAAUAUACCAAUCUAUACUUGGCUACGAAGCAAGGAUUCCAGGCAUUGACAAAUGAAUUUACUCGUACGCUCACACAGAUGGAGCAGGCUCUUAAGGAUACGACGCCAGAUAAGAUGGAGAGCGUACUGCGUUCCGUGCGCGACUAUCAGGCACGUUUGAUGCAAGAGUGUCGCCACUUUAUUGGACCCGAGUCGAGAUGA